AUGAAGUGCUCGCUGCGGGUGUGGUUCCUCUCCAUGGCCUUCCUGCUGGUGUUCGUCAUGUCGCUGCUCUUCACCUACUCCCACCACAGCACAGCCACCCUGCCCUACCUGGACUCGGGCGGCCUGGACGGGGCCCCCCGGGUGAAGCUGGUUCCGGGCUACGCUGGCCUGCAGCGCCUCAGCAAGGAGGGGCUGGCCGGCAAGAGCUGCGCCUGUCGCCGCUGCAUGGGCGACACCGGCGCCUCUGAGUGGUUUGACAGCCACUUCAACAGCAACAUCUCCCCCGUCUGGACUCGGGAGAACAUGGACCUGCCCCCCGACGUCCAGAGGUGGUGGAUGAUGCUGCAGCCACAGUUCAAGUCACACAAUACCAACGAGGUGCUGGAGAAGCUGUUCCAGAUAGUGCCAGGCGAGAACCCCUACCGGUUCCGGGACCCCCGCCAGUGCCGGCGCUGUGCCGUGGUGGGCAACUCGGGCAACCUGCGGGGCUCUGGCUAUGGGCCAGAUGUGGACGGGCACAACUUUAUCAUGAGGAUGAAUCAGGCACCAACCGUGGGCUUUGAGCAGGAUGUUGGCAGCCGAACCACGCACCAUUUCAUGUACCCCGAGAGUGCCAGGAACCUGCCCGCCAACGUCAGCUUCGUGCUAGUGCCCUUCAAGGCCCUGGACCUCCUGUGGAUCGCCAGUGCCCUGUCCACCGGGCAGAUCCGAUUCACCUAUGCCCCAGUGAAGUCCUUCCUUCGAGUGGACAAAGAAAAGGUCCAGAUCUACAACCCAGCCUUCUUCAAGUACAUCCAUGACAGGUGGACAGAGCAUCAUGGGCGGUACCCUUCCACUGGGAUGCUGGUACUCUUCUUUGCCCUGCAUGUGUGUGAUGAGGUGAACGUGUACGGCUUCGGGGCCGACAGCCGGGGCAACUGGCACCACUACUGGGAGAAUAACCGGUACGCGGGCGAGUUCCGGAAGACGGGCGUGCACGACGCCGACUUCGAGGCGCACAUCAUCGACAUGCUGGCCAAGGCCAGCAAGAUCGAGGUCUACAGAGGGAACUGA